AUGAGUUCCAUCCGGCGCAUGUCCCCGACGGACUUACUGUCCCUCAACCUCACGAAUCUCGACCCAUUAACGGAGAACUAUGACCUGGGUUUCUACCUCAAUUAUCUCAUGCGGUGGCCUUCCCUCUUCAGCAGCGUCCAAGACCGCCGGGAAGGCAUCGUCGGCUACAUCAUGGGAAAGACCGAAGAACAACACCCAUCAAUGCGUCACUCCGAACACUAUACUCCCUGGCACGGCCACAUCACCGUCUUGACAGUGGCGCCCGCAUGGCGUCGGCUUGGCCACGCUCGCCGUCUCACAGAGCGACUCGAGCGUGGAUCCGACAUCAACGACGCCUGGUUUGUCGACCUAUACUCUGUAUUCCGGCGCGUGGUGAAUUAUUAUAGCGAUGAUCCGACAGGGAUGUCAGAUUCCGGUGAAGAUGCAUUUGAUAUGCGGAAACCAUGCUCUCGAGAUAAGAAUCUACAACAUGUACGGGAGAAUGGGGAGGAUUUCCUUGUUAGUCCGGAGGACGUUUCAUAG